AUGCGUGCCGGUGCAGGCGGGGAUGCAGCACGGGAGAGGCAUCUCCGUCCUCUCCUUUCACCGCGUCUCGCUGACGCCUUUUGCAGUUUGGAUGUUGAUGCGGUGGAGCGGGUGCUCGGAAGUGCCGUGGCCGCCCUGCGACACGGAGAGGCGCGGCGGUGGGGCGAGGGCAUCUUGGAAAGCGCAUGUAGAUCACUGCUGUGUGCGUAUGUUGUUGGUCUUCGCCUGGCGGUGGGUUCCUUUGCCCCAGAGGAGGACGGCGCGGAGCCUGCGUGGCGCGAGUUGCUGAAAAUGACGACGUGCACUGGCGGUGCCAUUGCGGAGAUGUGUGCGGUGCCGGGGGUCACCGCUGCUGCAAGCGCCGUCAUGCAGCUGAUUUCGGGUCUGCUGCGGCCACCAUCGCCAGCGAGGCAGAGCACACCGCGGGAGACGCGGUUAUUCUGGAGCUGCUACCCGUGGUGGUGCUGCCUUCUCCACCACUGCCUGACGCUGUCGGCCAGUGGAGAGGGGGCAGCAGCAGCAGGAACUGAGGUGGCCGCUGCUGGCGUGGCGGCCCGCGCCUUAAGUUGGGUCUCGCGCCACUACGCCUCGGAGGCAGGGCGGAUGGCUGGACACAGUGUCGUCGACAUGCCUAUCUUUCUUUCCGCCCUCACUCCCGUCGGCAGGGCGGGGGCGUGCCCGGCAUCGCCCGCGCCCGCGCCGUCCGGUGAGCCUGAAGCGUGCGGCUGCGGCGAGGAUGAGCCUGCGGCGACGGUGCCGCUCGGGCAGCUGGUGGACGUCCACGGGGCGAGCCUGGUUCGCUCCUUCGCCUGCGCCGCGAGGGGACGGAGGGAUACCGACACCACCGAGGAGGAGGGCCACAGCCGCGAUUUUUGCCCAUCCCCGCUGGCCACGCAGCAGCAGCGGCAGGUCUCAGCACUUCAACGCGCCCUUUUCGUUGCAUCGAGGCUUUGCACCCCUUUUGUCAUGCAGGACCUCCACACCCUGCUUCCGCUGCGCACGCGCCCCGGCACCGCUGAACAGAAUCGAGGCGGCAACGAUGCUUCACCGCCGACACAAAGUGAGCCGCACUGUGACGUGUGUGGCCUUCUGGAACGGCAGUUUUCGUCGCGAGGCACCGCAGCGAGACGCACGCCUGUUGCCCACGCUCUUCUUCUUCUUUGUGCAGUGCUUUCGCGUCGACCGCCGUCGCUGUCGGUCCCACUGCAACGAUGCCUGGGGGAGCAGGCGGCCGCGGCCGCACUGGCGGCGUUGCUCUGCCGUGACGCAGACGUGGCGGACGCUUUCCUCUCCCUGCUGGCGCGCCUUGGCGAGGACGCGGGGUCCAUCUACUUUGUGGCACUCUGGCGUGCCGCGUUUGCUGCAGCCGCGAAAGAACCGUCCGAAACGAUGGCGUGGCUCCUUGCUGGACUUGCGCGCGCCGUCGAGAAACGCCGGCUGGAGGGCGAUGGGUGCGGGACACAUGCCUUUCUGGCUGCCGUCGAUGCCACCUUUGAGAGCGUUGUGCGCGUCAUGGCCGUGCUCCUUUCCGCCUUUUCGGCCGCGGUCGGGGGGGACGCUGGCCGCCGCCUGCGAGAUUUGUGUGCGCGCGGCUUUGUCGAAGUGUGGGAUGCGUUGUUGCACGCCUCACCCCGACACGGCGGGGGGGCGGCCGAAGGUCUCCUCUGCGAUGUGAUGCAGAUGGACCACGCCUCGCAGUCUGAGCCCGCCACAGCGCAGCUGCGGGGGCCUCUCGAGGCGUACUACGUCUCGGUGCUAGAGCGGUGGUGCGCGAUGCGAGGGGAAUGCAUGACUGCUGCCUCUGCGGCGUCCGUGUGGUGGCCCGAGGCAGAGGGGCGGGUGGACGCCCACGAGCACUCGCUGCUGGUGCUGCAGCACACGCUCGCGCUAAGCGAGUACGUCUCUCACGCCAAUUGCAUUUUUCAGCUUCGUCACGCGGGGGCGCGGCACGGCAGGCACCCGGCUGCCUUUUUUUUGCAGGGCAUGGAGAGCCUCUGCGCGCGUCUUUUUUUGACGCAGGCGGAGUCAGCGGCGCAGGUGCAAGUGGGGGAGAUUCAGCGCGUGGCGUCGCAGAUUCUCGCCGUCACCGUGAGGACGAUCUGCACGAGACCUGGGCGAGAGCUUUUUGCUCCGAUCUUUGGGAAAUCCUCCGGCCGCUACGCGACGACGUACACAAGCCUGCUCUAUUUGUGUUUUUUACAGAAGUUGCAUCAGACGCCAAACCCAGACAAGCUCUGUCUGCAGGCCUUGCUGCGGGCCCUGCGCACUCUCAUUAUUUGGGAAAGCGAGGCCUACAACGUCGCUCUGCGACUGUCGAUUCCGCUCAUGUUUAGCUGCAUGCUACCAGAGUCUGCUGUGGCAGGCAAGGCGGCCGGUGCGGAGGUGCAGCCGCUAACAACACCCGCUAAGGCAUCAGUGCAAGAGCAGCGUCUGGCGUCAACAACAACUCCACCCGCCGUCUCUAUGAAAAACACGUUGGGCAACAACGGCGGCGGCGACAGCAGCAGAGUGGUUGGAACUGCGGGCGCCGCGGCUCCCGCGAGGCUCUUUAUGCCCACCCUUUCAGUUGCCGCCUUGCCGCCGCCGCAGUACUACGCAUGGAUGGGAGAGGCAGAGGAGACUUGCUUUGCUGCGAAUACCAAUGCACAGGCACCACCGUUGCCGCCGUUGAACCUCACCCCCCAGUCGCAGCAGCCGCAUUGGGACGAUGGCGUUCCCGCAGUCACGCGAAGUUCGGGAGAAGAAGCGACGCGGGCCGCGUUGGACGAUCCAGCAACGCUGGCCGAGGUGCUGCUUCUGCUCUGCUGCCUGCUUCCCGGGCGCACGGGGGGGAUGAUCAGUCAGUCGGGCCUUGUGGCCGCGCACCCACACGCCUGCAACCAAACGCGGGGAACGUACGUGGAUUGCAUGCGCGGAAACGUGCCAUUUGUGCGUGUCCUGCAGAAAGUAGAGGAAUUUGUGCGCUGUCCAGCGAACAAAGCGUCUCUUCAACUCUUCGACGAACUCGUCACGGCGGAGGCACAGGAAAAGAGCGCCUUGUGGGCUGGGGUGGAUGUGCUGCGGCGACUGCUGUCACCGCAGCUGCAGUUGCUUGAGGGAAUAACCAUCACCCGGCGCAUCGGCGCCGGCAGUUACGGCUCCGUAUUUGCCGCGGAGCGCUAUUCUGCUGCAGCCGCUUCGAACCAGGACGAGAUGAAGUUAGGGGACGUCUCGCAGUCGCUCGCACUGAAGAUGGUAUCCAUUGCCCGGCCGCACAUGGGAGAUGAAUGUGCUACCCUCGUGAGCUGCCACACAGAGGCGACGGCGCUCCUUCGCCUGCAAGGGCAUGCGCACAUAUGCGAGCUGCUCUUCGUUGGUUGCACCGCCACGCACUACGUGCUUGCAAUGCCGUUGUACAAGGGCGGCUCCCUUCGCGACUGGCGAGUGCUGAAGAGCGGCUUUCGUGUCGGUGAGCCCGCGGAGGAGAGCGGCUGCGGCACCGUGACGGAAGCAGCCUCGGGCUCCACACACCCCUCACCCAAAGGCAGUUUCCUCGCGGUGUGCGGGCCCAUCUUUGCGCAGGUGCUCGCGGCGGUGGAGUUUAUGCACGCCCACGGCAUACGUCACAAUGACAUCAAAGCUGACAACAUUCUCAUUGAGAGCCUCCAGGGCGAAUCCCUCUGCCUUGCCGCAGUGCCUCAGAUGGAGGAGGAGGGGGAAGGCGAAGACGAAGGCAUGAGUGGGGUGCACGUAGGGCCGAAGGGGCGAGGCGUAUGUAUUCCGGUCGCCAUUCGUCUUUGCGACUUCGGUGUCUGCGAGUUGGUGGGGGAAGACAUGUUUGCCGUGCGGCGCUGCAACGAGGUGGCUGGCGGUGCUGAAACGCCCUGCUGGGGGCCCACAAGGGGGACGGAGGCGGUGCAGGCGCCCGAGGCGCUCUCGCUGGCGAGUAGUAGUGCCCCAGCGAGGCGUGCGCCGUACUGCGAAGCAGCCAUUCCGCCGAGCGCCGCAGAUUUCCCUGCUUCUUCAGCUUUUGCCAAUGUAGCAAAGGAGCUUGCAGCAGAUAUGUGGGCAUGUGGGUGCUUGUUGUACGAGCUCUUAACAGGUGUCAUGCUGUUUGGAGGAGCCAACCUUGGCAGGCUGCUUUUUCUCGCCGCCAACCUGCGCAGUGGCGGGUGCACAAGUCACGAGGUCCUGCAGCCGCACCAAAAACGCGCACUCGAAAUGGCUGGGCCUGGCGUCGCGGAGUUCGUGUCGCAGCUGCUGGCUGUAAACCCUGCGGAACGGCCCACUGCGUCUGAGGCUCGGCAGGCGUGGGCACAGGUCAUGCAGGCGCAGAGUGUGCGCCGCAUGAGCCGUGACUGGGGGGAAGUGAGUCAUCUGAAAUAUGCGGAGCGAUAUUUUUGGUCCUCUUCUGCUUGUUAG